AUGCCCUCGGCCAACAAUGCAAGCUCCGCGACAUCAACACCAAGUUCCUCGAAGAAGCUCCCUGUUCUUUUAGGAAUCAUUCCGCGAGACCUAAACCAGAGGGCUCUCACUGUGAACUCUCUCUCUCCGAAGUGCCAAUUCGAUCUCGCUAUUGUAGGUACAGAUCUCAAAGGCUGUAUUGUGCUGGCCAAGUUCCAAACCCUGCCGGGUAGUGUCCUUUGGUCGCCAGCGCUGGCAUCGCUCUGA